AAAAAAAAAAAAUGAAAGAAAAAGAGAAAAAUGAACUUUAGCAGUGGAAACCACCAACUUACUCAGACUCCCGGUUAAACAUGGCUCUUUUCGGAUCAUCUGCUGCUGCUCCUGCUCCCAGCAAGUCACAAGAGAUCAAGGAUCAACUCCAAUCUCAAAUAUCCCAGGAAUUGGCGGUUCUUAAUGCCACUGCGCUAGUUGAUAAAAUCACCGAAAACUGUUUUGAAAAAUGUAUUCAUGAUCCUCAAGCAUCCAUCAGUCCUCAACAAAGCGGCUGCGUCGACCAAUGUUUGGGUAAGUACUUGAGAUCCUGGAACGUUAUUUCCAAAUCCUACAUCACCAGAAUUCAACAAUCGUCCUCAAAUCCUUCAAACGGUAUUUGAGUUUUGCAUUCUCUGUUAUAUUAGUGUGUAUAUAGACCCCUUUUCUUUGUAAAUAUAUAUUUUUAUUUUUGUUAGCAUCUAGUAAACAGAGGUACGGGGGUGAGGUACGGGGGUGAGGUACGGGGGUUAGUGGUGGUGUUGAUGGUACGUGCACCAACCCAUCCAAACUCUUGAAAAGAAGUUUAGUGGCGACUAACUAGUAUACCAACACUAU